AACUCUCCUGAGCUGUGGCAACUCAGGGUACCGGAGAUCUUCAGCGGGCAAUUCAAGAUAUUUUCUUUACGCAGGUACAGUCAACAAUUGUCACUCCGAGUGAAUGCAACCCUGAUUACUGUGUCUACUUAACUGGCUACUGUUUAAUUUUUUGAAUUUAAUUAUUCAAAAACUGGGAGAAUAAAUUUUUUAACUUUUUCGGGCUCUGAUAAAUUUUAAAUUAAUAUAUUUAGUAAUCAAUUAUGAAACCAGUGAAAGUCUGAUUGAAAUUUUUUUGAAAAUUUUUGUUACUAAUUAAAUUAAAUGUUCAAAAAGUGAUAAGUGAUUAAAAGUGUAAAAAUUACACUCGUUAUAAUUUUAAACAAAGGGUUGAUUCGAGCAGACAAUCUAGGAAAAAUUUUUCCAUCGACUGAUUUGACUGAAAAAUGGAUUUCAAAGAAGUAUUAAAUAUUUUGUAUGACACUUUGGUAUUUUUGUGGCUGUCAGUUGUGUAUAUAACUGAGUCAUUUGUUUUGAGUUUGAUACCACGAAAAUAUCGAAGCAAAAGUAUUCAAGGUGAAGUCGCAUUAGUCACUGGAGGUGCGGGUGGUUUAGGAAAAUUGAUCGCUUUGAAAUUAGCGGCUCUCGGAACUCACGUCGUGAUAUGGGAUAUCAAUAAAUCGGGGAUUAAAGACGUCGUAGAUGAAAUUAAAAGCCAAGGUGGUAAAUGUACUGGAUAUUUUUGCGAUAUCAGUAACAAAGAAGAAAUUUACCGCGUUGCCAAAACAGUGCAAGUGGAAGUGGGAAAUAUCACAAUAAUUGUCAAUAACGCCGGUUACGUGUGCGGUAAAACUUUUAUGAAUCUCCCAGAUGACGAAAUCGAAAAGACUUUCAAAGUUAAUAUACUCUCGCAUUAUUGGGUAAACAAAUCCAUUAGAUUGUUCAAAUAUUUAUUUACAAAUUCAUUUUUAUUAAAUUUUUAUAACAAAAUAUUUAAUAAUUUACAGAUAAAUAAAUCGUUUAUGAAAGAAAUGAUGAAAGAGAACCAUGGUCAUAUCGUCACUAUUGCAAGUGUCGCGGGUUUACUGGGUACUUAUAAUUGCACUGAUUAUUCAGCGACUAAAUUUGCAGCAAUUGGUUACCACGAGAGUCUUUUGACAGAAUUGAAAGUACACGGAUACCAUGGAAUUAAUACGACUUUAGUGUGCCCGUACUUUAUAAACACAGGAAUGUUUCCAGGUGUUAAGCCAAGAUUGUUACCCAUGCUCGAGCCUGAGUACGUAGCAGAUGAAGUCGUCGCUGGCAUACUGACUAACCAAAUAAAUGUCACGAUGCCGAUAAGUACUAAAUAUUUUUUGCCGCUUAAAAGCUGGCUACCACCGAAACUCUGUUGGGCUUUGAUGUACAACAUCAUAAAAGGACCACAGACCAUGAUGAUGCUACAGAAAAAUGAGAACAUGCACAAUUAUGAUCGUAUAAAUAAAUAUUAAUUUAUAGAAUAAGUUUAGAUUUAAUUUAAAUAAUUAUCGAUAAUGGUGAAGACUGAGAGUACUUACAU